CCAGGAGCCGGAAAACGUGGUCUGGACCACAUUCUGGGCCAGUGGGGCAGCUCUCACUCUCAGGUUCCUACCUUUCCCUAGGUGAAGAGGAAUGGAAGCUGGGAUCCUGGAUCAGUUCUUUGAUUUUCUAUGAUGUCACAAAGUGUAAGCAAGGUGGAAUUGGAGAUGAGAAGCAUGAGAGAGAAAUUCCUUACAAGAGUAACCAAGUUAGUUGAAAGCAAAAAUUACAACAGCAAGGUCUUUUCUAAGGAAAAGUACUUCCAGACACUAAGGGAAGUAAAAGAAGCCAAAGAAAAGGGGAAGAAAUCAUCUAGGGACUACCGCCGUGUGGCCAAGUAUGAUGUGAUCACUAUACACGGUACUGAGAAAUUGAUUGAGGCAGCUCAUAGAGAGCGAGAUCGGAUACGAUAUUAUGUGCACAAGGAAGAAUUAUUUGACAUUCUUCAUGAUACACAUCUCAGUAUUGGACAUGGUGGACGAACUCGCAUGCUAAAAGAAUUACAAGGAAAAUAUGGAAAUGUUACAAAAGAAGUCAUUGUUUUAUAUCUGACUCUGUGCAAACAGUGUCAUCAGAAGAAUCCAGUGCCCAAGAGAGGUCUUUCAGCAAAACCUAUGACUUUUAAGGUAAUUUGCUCCAGAUGCCAAGUUGAUCUCAUUGACAUGCAGUCUAACACUGAUGGGGAAUUCAGAUUUAUCUUAAGUUAUCUGGACGACUUAACAAAAUUUAUUAUUUUACGUCCAUUAAAAUCCAAAAAGGCUCGUGAGGUGGCAUGUGUAUUGUUAGACAUUUUCUCAGUUAUUGGGGCACCCAGUGUAUUAGAGUCUGACAGUGACAGAGAAUUUGUAAACCAUGUUGUCAGUGAGCUCAAUCAGAUGUGGCCUGACCUGAAAAUUAUCUAUGAAAACCCUCAAAAAAGCCAAAGCCAAAGUAUGAUAGAACAAGUGAACCAGGAGGUACAACAAUUGCUGAGUGCCUGGAUGCAGGGUAACAAUUCACCUCACUGGGCUGAAGGUCUGCGAUUUGUGCAAAUGAUGAAAAACAAAGCCAUUCACGCAGGCUUACAACAAAGUCCCUAUGAAGCAAUGUUUGGUUGUAAACCUAAAUUUGGUCUGUAUGACUCAAAUUUGCCCCGUGAAACUGUUUCCAUUCUACACACAGAGGAAGAACUAGAGACUGCUGAAGAACAACUAGAAAACCACCUCAAAGUCAAGCAGGAAGAAGGCACUGAAAUUGCAGCAGAGAAAUCUGACAUAGAAGAAAACAUUGAUACAAAUCCUACUGAAAUGCCUGAGCCAUGCACAUCCCAGAGUACCAUGAGCCCAAUCUGCCACUGAAGAGAUGGUUGUGUUUUGACCAUUCAUGGUGUAUUUUCCAUGCACUGUUAACAAAAUUCCUACCAAUGGGAGUUUGAGGCAAAGGAGGUAAAGGUUUUUGUCCCAAAGUCCAGAUGUCCCUAGCAAUAAAAACAACUACAAGCUUGCCUCAGAUCAGGUGGGAAGGGAAAAAGAUAUUUGAUUUUAAAGUAUAUUGGCUGGGGGGCGGAGCCAAGAUGGCAGAGGAAAGACAUUAAAUGCACAGGGCUCCUGAUAAUAAACUAACCCUCUGGGCAGAA